AACAACAUUUAAAUUCCCCUAAGUAUUGAAUCACUCCGGCUGAUAUUAUUUUUUAAAAUUUCCACGUUUCCAUUAUUUAUUUGAAUUCUAAUUUUGGUAAAGAUAAUAGAGAAUUUUAAAAAUGGUGCGUAUCAUAAGCCAGGAUACAUAUGAUGAAGUAGUUCGUGAAAAUAUUGAUGAAUUUGAUAUGAGUCCUGAAGAAGCAAUAAAAGAAGCUAUUACACAGUUUGAAGCACAGGGUGUUGAUCUAUCAAACAUAAUAAAAGAUCUUUCCUUGGGAUCUGGUGAUAACCACUUGGUUAGCACAACUGUGGAAAAAUUAAGAGAAACCUCUAAUGGUAAUGAAGAAGAAUUACUUAAAGAACUAGAAGUUUUAACAAAUGAAUGCAAAAAAGACUUAGCCCACCGAGUCAGAGCAGGAAAAGAUGGAGCAUAUACCAUUCUUUUAAGUAUCCUAGAGAACUCUUACUCACAGGAUAAUCAGAGACUGAUGACAAAAGUGUUGUAUGGUUUAAUAGCACUGAUGGAUGGACAACCAGAUUUAUUGGACUCUAAGGGAGCAGAUUUAAUGAAAAGGAUAUUAAAUAAUACAAAGAAUGACGAUAUUCUACUUGCAAACCUGAAAUGGAUCAAUGUCUGUUGCUUGAAACAUGAGAUGAAUAGACAAAGGAUUUUUGCACUUAACAUAAUAGCUAAUUUAAAGUCACUUUUAAAAGUACAAGGAAAUACAAAGCUUUUAAGUGAAACAUUACAAGUUAUUCGGCGUUUAACUUUGGACGAUGAUAUCCGCAUGGCAUUUGGCAAAGCACACGAACACGCAAGGGAAUUGGGCAUAUACCUUUUGGAAACUCUUACAAACUUACUUGCUGAGAAUACAAAACCACCAUUAGUAUCAGAAUUGAUGCUCACAAUAGCAACACUGCUAGUUAGAAAUGAGCUUUGUGCCAAAGUAGCAGAGUCUGGCAACAAUGUUUUAUUUACUGUAUUGGCGGAUAAUUAUGACAAUGCUACCGUUAUACAUCAGGCUAAUAAACUGAUAACAGCGUUGGCCGGCAAUGACGAUGUGAAAAGGCAGUUAGUCAAUAGUGGAAUAAUACCCAUUAUUGUAUCAGUUCUUGCUAGACAUUGCAAUAACCCGACAUCAGCAGCUUUGACAUUAAAAUGCAUAGCGGCACUGGCUCUAAGAGAACCGGAACACAGUAGACAAUUUAUUGAAACGGGAGCCGCCGAAGCCAUCACAGAGAGUUUGAAGAUCCAUCAGACGCAACCACAAGUACAGAAAAAUGGAUGCUGGGCAAUACGCAACAUAGUAGCUCGUUGUCGGGAUCUAAACACAAAGUUUCACGAACUGGGAAUCGAAUCUGUACUCAGUCGUUCCUAUGAACUGUUCGAGAAGGACUUUGGUUUUGAUAUCAAAUCGGCUUUACGAGAUUUGGAGUGCGAUAUUAAAUUAGACGAACAGUGGACUGGGAAGGGAGUUCACUUGGAAGAUUAGCGUCUUGAGGGCGGAUGUGGAAUCACUUAUUUGAUUCUGCUAUUUACAGAUUAUGUAUAAAAACCAUAAACGUGAGCAAUGACGCAAAAGCAGGGCGUUGUAAAGUUUAUUUAUUUAUAUUGCACAAUAAUAUGUAUGCUUUAUAACAUUUUUAUUUAAUAAACGAAAGUUUUUAAUGUC